CCCCAGCCCAUGCACCCCACGAGCCCCUCUCAAACCUCCAGGAUGGACGAGCUCUGUAGUGGACUGUUGGAGCUUCAAUGCCAACACAGGGUUGGAGGGUCCCUGAGUAGCCUUAGAGGGGCGUUUUCCAAUAAUUGGAGACGGCCCAAUGAAGUCCUCAAACAUCUCUGCAUCCACCGCUCCCAGAAGUGCAACCCCAGCAUGAUCUCCAGAAGAGCCCUGGAUCUCUCCAGUGCUAAGUUCAGAGGCACCAGAGUAGCCAGCCAAAUCCAGAGCUUCAGCAAGUUCAUCGUUUGUGACAUCCUCACCAUGGGACCAAUAACUCCAACUGACUUGGAGUGA